UCGUUAUCGAGUUGCAAGCUAAAACAAAAGCAACAACGUUUCUAGUUACUUUUGGUUAAUUAUUAAAAUAGUUGCCGUAGUUAAUCGUGUUCAAUAAAAGUGUUGUGCGCGUUAGAAUAAUGAGAAAUCAGCUACAUAGUGACAACUGAAGAAAUCCGCUAGAUUACCGGUGAAGUUAACAAAAAUAGUGAGAAAUGUUUUAGUUGUAGUUCUGCACAAAGUGAGGUGAUGAUACCACAGCGGCCGCUCAAAUGAGUCGUUGUAUAUGUUAUUUUUGGAUGACAAUUUAAUAAGAGGAGCACAACAACAACACCAGCAGCAUGGAAAGCGAUCGAUUAUGCAUCAGGCUAGACAAUCCAGAGCGCAUUUUUUAUGCCGGCCAAGUGAUACGCGGCGAGAUUUGGAUGAAUCUCAAUAAGCGAACCAAAAUUCGAGCUAUAAAAAUCCAAGUAACUGGUAAAGGCAAAUGCAAAUGGAUGGAAAUAUUACGCAAAAACUCGAACAACAAUGAAUACACACGCAGUUUAUUUUACACAAGCAAAGAAAUCUACGAGCACAGCGAAACACCGCUUCCAGAAUUUGAACCCAACGGGGUGGAGUUAUCGCCCGGUGAGCACACAUUUAUCUUUAAUGUGGCUCUGGGACGUCAGCUACCCUCCAGCUUCAAAGGCAGCUACGGCAGCAUCAAGUACAAGAUGCGCAUUCUUAUUCAAAGACCCUGGACGUUCAAUGAACGUCAUACCAUACCAUUUACGGUUGUGAAGAAUAUGCCAUUGCCGGCAACAUAUCGCAGCAAUCCCACGCCACUGGAGAAGCAAAUCACAAAAACAAUUAGCUUGUUUGGCACACGGCCCAUUACCAUGGUGGCAUUGCUGCCUGAGGAUUUUGCAGUGCGUGGUGAACCUUUGCGCAUCUGUGUCACGGUCAUGAAUAACAGCACAACUAAUGUGGAGAAGCUGCGCUUCAACGUUUUACAGUAUAUCACCUACUAUAGCCAUGUGCCGUUACGGGUGCAGAAGGUCGAGUGCAUUGGCAUUGCCAGCAAGGAGACGGGCUCAGUUCACAAAAAGAGCGAGCGCAGUUUUGCCCACGAGCUGCUCAUGCCGGACACAGCACAGCCAACAGAUCAAGAGUACAGCGGCGUCAUAACUAUUUCGUAUGAGCUGCGCGUAGAGGCUGUGCUGCGUGGCUUCUUCAAGAAUCUGGUGCUUAAUUUGCCCUUCAAGGUCUAUUCCCAGGACUCUUCCACAAGGCUAGGCUCUGUGCGUCCAUCGCUGCCACCGCGUCCUGACAAUGGACCGCCCGGUCCGGAUGAUAUGUCGACCCCCCGUACCACUGGGGGUAAUCCAUUUGAACCAGCCGCUGCCACACUUGUCUAUCCAACGCUAGACUCUUCCAUUGGCUCGCCAUCGCAUUCAUCGCAGUACAGCGAAUGCAGUUCUAUGAAUUCCACCACAUCGGACUCAACAUUGAGUCCGGCUGUUGGUGGCGUCGAGCUAUCCUAUACAUCGGGCUCGCAGUCUUCGCAAUUUGGCAGCCCGUCGGCGCGUGCCAGUUUGCGCAGUAACUGCAAUGUGCCCUACAUGCCUUAUUCGUCCAGUCCGAUGAUGGUUCAAUCAUAUCCACCGUUAGCACAUUAUAUGCCUGAACCUGUCAGGGCAUCCGCCGCAUCACCAGCAUAUCCUUUUUUGGCCGAACAUGUCCAACAGACAUCGCCAGCAAUCUCAACAUCUGGAUCGUAUUCAUCGUCACGUCAGCCACCAAUGUUGGCCGAAGAUAUCCAAGAGACAAGCGUAUCGCCAGCACCUCGAGUUGCCAGCGGCUAUACUCAAUUGCCAUCCACCUCAAGGAUGUCCGGACCGCAUUCAUUGCCUCCAUCGUAUGAUGAACUCUUUGGCAGCGCCAAUGCACCACCGGAGUCACCAAAGUGAGCUGCCCCAAGCUGUCUCAUCUCAUACACACACGCACACACACGUAAUCGUAGUUCAUGCCGCCCAGUUAUAUCUAAGCUUUUGCAUAGAAUCAACGCUUCAGGUUUACUUUAGAGAGCUUACAACAAACGCCUAAUCUCGAGUUGUGCAUCUCAACAUAUUUAUUUAAAAAACAAAGCAAUCCGAUCAAUACAACAAUACGUUGUAAAAUGUCUCACAAAAUACAUGCAUAAAAUAAAAGAGAAUUAUUUUAAUGCAUUUGUCUGUAAGAUUUAACACAAAUCAAUUGCACAAAGUUGAUCAAUUAAUUUGCGCUUUUGCUGUUCUCUAGACUUGUUCUGUUUAACGCCAAUCUUGUGUUCGCAUCGCGCAUUUUUGAAAAAGGCGUGCCAGGCAACAGACUUUCGUAUUCUUACCAAAUUAGUUAUCAAAUUAAUUGCGUAGGCUCCAAUUCUAAAAAGAGAAAAACACUAGACUCAUUCAAUUGUAUUCGAAUAUUUACAAAGGAAAUUUAAACGAAUUUUACACAAUAUCGUUAACUAGAUUCGCAUCAAUUUCAUUUAUACAUAUGUUCUUUUUUCUACUUUUAUAUUGAAUCUCGCACUUUUCAUUAAUUUCGAUAUUGUGUUAAACAUUACU